AUGGAGGAUCAAAACAUGGAACUUCAACUUACUCUUUCACUGGGUUCAAUCCCAAAACGGUCCGAAACAAUCAACAACGCUCCCGAUGUGAUAAAAAUUUUCGGAGUUGAUGUUGAUUUAAUCACUGGAGCAAAGUCGGGGGGUUCGAACUCUGAACAAGUGCAAAGGGGGGAGGGGAGGCCUCCAAAGUACGGAGUUAGUAGGAGCCCGUUUUCUCCAAUGACGCCUCCUUCAGGGCUUGCUACUAGUCACUCUAAUGAAAGUGAGGAGAAGGAUGGAAAUGGACGAUCUGGAGGAUCAUUAGUUUCCACUGAUGGAUUUGUUGAAGAAACGACCGGAGAAAGCAUUACACCUUAUGUAUUGAUUGUGAACCCUCGAGAGAAUGUGGUUGAAAAGAUAUCAGCAUUUUUUAAGAAUGGUCCUCGACAAGCUGUUUGCAUACUUGCUGCUACAGGAGCUGUAUCAAAUGUCACCCUUUACCAACCUGGUGUUUCUGAUGGUUUUUUAAGAUAUGAGGGCCACUUUCCUAUUCUAUCUUUAAAUGGACCAUGCACCUUCCCUGGUGGUUGUGCACAGAAGGAAAUUGAAAUGAUGAGUGUUUCCUUGUCUAAACCUGAUGGCAGUAUUUUUGGAGGUGGUAUUGGUAGAUCAAUGAUAGCUGCUACUCCUAUUCAUAUUGUUUUGGGAACUUUCGAUAUGGUAAUUACAGACGGUGAACCUAGCAACCUAGCAACAACAAGUGCUAAUGGUGCAUCAAUGUCAGAUAAUGUCACUGUUGUUGGAGAACCUAGCAACCUGGAAAAGUUUCCAUAUCUUGAUCUCAAUCGUCCCCCAGAAGAAAUAUGAUGCAUCUGUUGUCAACCUUUGAGCUAUGCAGAGCAUAAUAUAUAUUCUCUCCAGUCACA